AAGAGUGAAAGAAAAAGAGUGUGAAAAUGAAGAGAGUGUUUGGUUUGGGAGUUUUGUUACUUCUCACAAUUGCAGCCAUGAAGCCCGUGAAUGGAUUCAGCUGUGUGGAGGCAAAACUUUCAUUGUUGACAUGCUUACCUUUUCUCACCAGCAGUCAAAAUAGCCCUUCAAGUGCUUGCUGUAAUGCAGUGAGCAAUGUGAAAGCUUCAGCACCUACAAAACCUGAACUUCGUGAGGCAUGUCUAUGUCUCACGGCAGCCGUCGGUGAAUUUUCGAACCUUGACAAAGAUAGAGCCAUUCAACUUCCUAAACUAUGUAACGUUAAUGUCGGUUUUCCCCUUACCAAAGACAUCGAUUGUAAUAAGAUCUCUCUUUAAGCAAGAGUUUUGAGGAUGAAAUGAGACAUUGAAAAUGCUGGAUUAUGCUUGGAACUUCCUUUCCUUGUCAAGAAAAAAAAAAGAUUGUUUUCUCAACUUGUU